AUGUACUCAUCUUUAUUCCUUGAAACCCUGUGCCUGCCCAGAGGCUGGGGAAUAAAAGUGGCAGCACAGCAGAGGCCGAGCAUUGUGCAGAGCAGAGCCCUGCAGCCACCCAGCUCCAGCCCUGCUCACUGUGCCAAUGUCCUGCAGACCAUGAAGGGCCCCGCAGCCAUCCUGACCGCUCUGCUCCUCCUGGCCCUCUGCUCCUCGGCUGUGGCCCAUCUGGAUGAACUACCCACAACCUGCUGCUUCUCCUAUGUUCAACGUCCCAUCCCACGCAACAUCAUCAAGUCCGCCUACAUCACUAGCAGCAAAUGCCGCCUGCCAGCGGUGAUCCUGGUCACCAAGAAGGGGAAGGAGAUAUGUGCAAACCCCGAGGAGUCCUGGGUGCAGAACCACCUGGAACUGUUCCAGAACGAAGAAAACUGACCUUUUAUGGAAUCAUAGAAUCAUAAAAUGGAUGGAUUGGAAGAGACCUCGCAGCACACCCAGCUCCAGCCCCUACUCUAGGCUCUUGCACCCCCCCUUCCCCAGACUCUGGCUGCCCAGGGCCCAUCCAAGCUAGUCUUGGGCAUCUCCAAGCCUGGGGUACCCACAGCUUCCCUCCUAUCUGUCCCAGCAAUGCUAAGGAAGUGAAAAUACAGAGAUGAUUCAGAACACACCAAAAUGCUUGCCAAGAAGUCAGGAGCUCUGAUGCCUAAGUAAAAUUCUUGCAUUUGAAAACACUCUGCCUCUCUGUUGAAGCCCACCACCAAGCAGGACGGUUCCAUGGAAGCAGCCAGGUUGCAGAAUUAAGGAUACUCUGCACAGCUGUUCCCUUCAUGUCAUACUCAUUUGUGUUGAUGUCAGAUGGCAAUGGAGAAAUAUUGGCUUUGAGGGGAUUUGAGAUUUGUUUUCCUUUCCCAGCAAAGAGCAGGGAGUUAAUGCUGAUGGCUGCAGAAGGAGGGGUGCCUGGUGGCAAUGAGGAUAUCAAGUGGUCAGCAAAUUGCUGUCAGGGAUGAAGGAAAUUGAAUCACGUGUGUCGGGCACUCAUGUCACCAAAUUCCCUAGAACAGAGAAGUGCAUGAAAGCACAGCUGCUUUUGAGCUUGUGGAGUGCAAUCAGGAUGGAGCAGCCUUCAUCUACCCAACUCCCAUUGGGGCUGCAGCCAUGGAGCUCCACAUCCCAGCCUGGCUCUCAUUGCAGUAUCAGUGCAGAGCACCAGGGUUGGUAUCACAUGUGCCCCACUGGGCACUAAAACAGAAUCUGAAAGCAGUGGCUCUAUGGCUGGUGCUUCCCCUUUUUGCAGCUUUAUUUCUGCAGGGGUUCUGAAAUAAUUUCCUAGUUAUUAUGCAUUCAUAUCUUUCCCUUGACACCCUGUACACGCCCAGCAGCCAGGGGAUAAGAGUGGCAGUGCAGCAAGGGCUGAGCAUUGUGCAGAGCAGAGCCCUUAAGCCAGCUGGCUCUAGCCCUGCUCCUUGUGCCCAUGUCCCACAGCACCAUGAAGGGUUGUUCUGCAUCUACCCUGGCUGCUCUUCUCCUCCUGGCCCUCUGCUCCUCGGCCACGGACUCCUUUCCUAUUGACAGUAGUGAUGACAUCCCCUUAAGCUGCUGCUACAGGUAUGUGUCACGUCCCAUCCCUUACAACUUCAUUGCCUCUGUCUAUGCCACCAGCAGCAUCUGCUCCACGCCAGCAGUGAUUGUGGUCACAAAGAAGAAGAGGGAGAUAUGCGCAGAUCCAAAGCAGUUCUGGGUGCAGGCACUCCUGGAGCUAUCCAGAACAGAAAAGUUGCUCUCCCACCGCUGUGAAGGAAGUGAAAACACAGAGAUGAUGUACAAAACAUCAAAUGCUUGUUAAGGAAUCAGGAGCUCUGAUGCCUAAAUAAAUCUCCUUGCACUAGAAAA